UGUCAUUCCAUCAGAGGCUCUUCAUCACCUGUCCCACCCUCACCGUGGGAAUAAUACGCUUUAUUAAACAUCAAGACAGAGACAAAAAUACAAAAAUGGCGAGCAGUUUCUCCAGGAUCUUGACCACCCGCCGGAAGAUCGGUCUCCUGUCCGCGGUGGGGGGCUCAGUGACGGCUGGGUUUCUGCUGCACCGGGAGCAUGUCUCGGCUGGAGCUCCGGUCCGCAGGAGUUACCCCGCCAGUGCGGAGUACCCUGACCUGCGCAAACACAACAACUGCAUGGCCUCUCACCUGACUCCGGCCAUCUAUGCCAAGCUGGUUGACAAGGCGACUCCCAACGGCUACACUCUGGACCUGGCCAUCCAGACGGGAGUGGAUAACCCCGGGCAUCCCUUCAUCAAGACCGUGGGCAUGGUGGCAGGAGACGAGGAAUCCUACGAGGUUUUUGCAGACCUGCUGGACCCUAUCAUCAAAGAGAGGCACAACGGCUACAACCCGAACACCAUGAAGCACCCCACCGACCUGGACUCCAGCAAGAUCCACUCGGGCAACUUUGACCCACGCUACGUGUUGUCGUCCAGGGUGAGAACGGGCCGCAGUAUCCGCGGGCUGAGCCUCCCCCCCGCCUGCACCCGGGCGGAGCGACGCGAGGUGGAGCGCGUGGUGGUGGACGCGCUCGCCGGCCUGAAGGACGACCUGGCCGGGAAGUACUACAGUCUGACAGUGAUGACCGACGCAGAGCAGCAGCAGCUCAUCGACGACCACUUCCUGUUUGACAAGCCCGUGUCUCCCCUCCUGACCUGCUCAGGCAUGGCUCGUGAUUGGCCAGAUGCACGUGGUAUCUGGCACAACAACGAGAAGACGUUCCUGGUUUGGGUGAAUGAGGAGGAUCACACCAGGGUCAUCUCCAUGGAGAAGGGAGGAAACAUGAAGCGGGUCUUUGAGAGGUUCUGCAACGGCCUCAAGGAGGUGGAGCGUCUGAUCAAGGAGAAAGGCUGGGAGUUCAUGUGGAACGAGAAGCUCGGGUACAUCCUCACCUGCCCCUCCAACCUGGGCACGGGCCUGAGGGCCGGCGUGCACGUCAAGCUGCCGCUGAUGAGCAGGGACCCCCGCCUGAGUAAGAUCCUGGACAACCUGCGUCUGCAGAAGAGAGGGACGGGUGGCGUGGACACCGCUGCUGUGGGCGGGACGUACGACAUCUCCAACCUGGACCGCCUGGGACUGUCUGAGGUCCAGCUGGUGCAGACGGUGAUUGACGGCGUGAACUACCUGAUCGAGUGUGAGAAGAGACUGGAGAAGGGCCAGGACAUCAAGGUGCCCCCCCCACCCCACAAACUAUUCAAGUAGACACUAACCCCCCCACCCCACAAACCUCUGGGCACACACCUGCACAACCCCCCCCUGCUCUGUUCCCAUAGAUAUAAUAAAUAUCUAUGUAACCUCUCAUCACCCCUACCUUCCCUACAGUAUGCCUCUCCAUAAUAUAAUCUACAUAUAUAACAUAUAUAUAUGUUCAAUCAAACCCAGAUUACUGCAUUCUUUCGGAUGCUUUUGAAGUUUUUUUUUAUAUGAAACUCAAGAUCAAACGUAGCUAUAAAAUGGCAGCAAACAUUUAUGAAGGAUGCACAAACUGCAGGCUGUUGUAAAGGAGUAAAAAUGGCCGCCUGUAUGCCCAGUUUAAAAUGGCCGAACAUUAUCUCUGCUUCUGAAAACACUCCUCGGCCCACUAAACCUGGCUGUUCCUCGCCUCAGUCCCUUCCUUACGCAUGUCCUAUACUCAGAAUAUCACCCCCCCCCCCCCCCCCCCUCCCUGUGUGAUGGUGCCUCAUCUUAUUAUGUGAUGCUUGUGUAAAUCCAUCCAUUUGCGCUCUUACUCUCCAUCGUAGAUUGUGUUUCUUUUCACUGUAAAUGGUUUUGAAUGUAGAUUAACCGACUGAAGAGACUCCAGAGGAUUUGUAUGUUUGGUGACACACUGCUGUCAAACUGUUGAAACACACACUGGCCCGGGCUGAACUGUAAACAACAGAAGCAAUAUCAUUUCAGCUCAUCUUGAAUGUCAAACUAUAAUAUGUUUUAUUAAAGAAAACCUCUAUUUAACAGUA